GGUUGAGCAUCACCUUCAGCAUGAAGCUCUUCUUCGUUGUCCUCCUCGGCGCCGGUGUCACCAUGGAUACCGCCUUGGACGGCUGCUAUACCGACCGGGACACGGACCACCGAGUGCGGCUCAACUGCACGGCGGCCGGUUUCAGCACCGUUCCCGCGGGUCUCCAACCUACGACCGAGGUUCUCUUGUUUCCCAGCAACCAGUUCUCCAGCCUGUCCUGGGAGUCCUUCCAGAUCUUUAGCAAGCUGCACGAGCUGGAUCUGACGGCCAACCAGCUGGGUCAGGUGACGCCGAGGGCCGGGCCGCUUCUACCUCACCUCAACGUCCUCCGACUUGGACGCAACCGCCUCACGUCUCUGCCAGACAGGGCCUUCUCCGCCUGCCCUACCCUGACAGAUCUCUACCUGGGCAGCAACGCCAUCGAGUCUCUGAGCGACGACACGUUCGCCGGACUCAGCAAGUUGGAGAUCCUAGACCUGUCGUCCAAUCGCAUCAGGGUUCUUCCGCCUCUCUUGCUCCGCCCCCUGGUUGGGAUAGAAACACUCUACCUGGAAAGCAACCAGAUCAGCGAGCUCUCGGACAAUUGGUUCAGCCCGAGGGAGGAAGUGCCCUACCUGUACCUCUCUGCCAACCCGUGGGCGUGUUUCUGCGAGCUGAUGUACCUACACACAUACAUAAAAGACUUCUUCUUCAACUUCUACGUGCGCGACAGCAAGACCAUCACCAGAGACCCCAAGAGUGUGGUGUGCCACUCACCGCAGCGGUCCAAACGUCGAGCCAUCAUUGACUUGGACCAGGACGACCUGUGUCCGCCUCCUACACCGGCACUCAUGGCCGCCACCGCCCUGCCACCCAGACCCACUAGCAGGGAGACUGAGGCUUUGGAGGAAAUUGAAGGAGGUAGAGGCGACGGGCCCGUUGUCUGGCGUCCUGCACUGACCACUUCCAGUGCAUCUGACCGCUUUGGCGCCACCACGACUAUGUCGCGUCCUACAACUCCAACAGCACCACUUCCUGCGACUACGUCACAUCCUACAACUUCAACUGUGCCACUUCCUACAACUCCAACACCAUCACUUCCUGCGACUACGUCACAUCCUACAACUUCAACUGUGCCACUUCCUACAACUCCAACACCACUUCCUGCCAUUCUCUCACUUUUGACGCCAUCCAGCUCUGAGUUCCCGUUGACGUGGCGGUGGGGCACGGACAAGGGUGACGCCGCACCCCUCCGCCACGUGCUUGGUGCCGGUGUGUUUUGUGUGUGGUUGUUGGCCGCCAACGUGUGUUUGUGUGUGGUGGCGGCAGUAAGUACCCUCGUGACUCUGGUGAGACUGGCGGUCUGGUACAGGGGGGCAUACAAGCUGCUGAGCGUCACGCUGGCAAGGGGGGGUGGCGCCCGGCAGGUGAGGCUCUACGGCAGCAGGGAAGUAGUUUAUCGUUCGGUCCUCUUGGUGAGUUGCCAAGGGGCGGAGGGGGUCAAAGGUGGCCCCGUGUACAGGACGACCCUGCACCGCGAGCCCGGUACGCAGAUUGCGCUGCAACAGUGGAGCGAUGUCAUGGGCGUGGGCGACGGGGGCGCAGGGUGGAGGCAACGCUUCAGCGUGCUUCUGCGCCAGGAGAGGGAGGGGCCAGGCGGAGGGAGGGAGGAGCGAGAUUGGGUGGUGGGCGCGUGGCUAGCACAACACCUGCCCGGCGUGACCCUUGAAGGCUCGCCAGCCCCGUGA